ACAACCGUGUCGAACACAUUCCUCCACACUCGCUCUUUCUAUUCAUUUGUAUAAUGGCCAACAGAGACGACCCUCUUUCUUUCAUAAUCAAUCCCCUAACGUCCUCUUCCUCUCCUCUGGCCGCCUCAGACGCUGAUAGCUACCUUCUGGAUGGCUCUCAGAUUGGAAGCGCCUCCGGGAGUUUCCAGAACGAGGGUUUUCUCGGCGGCCUCGAUGUUGCCGGCGGGGGAGACGCCGAGUUUGGCUUCUCCCGUCCCGAUUUUAGGCAGAGCCCACUUGUUGGCACCGUAGAGUUUUAUGAGCGCCACGUCUUCCUCUGCUACAAGAAUCCUCAGGUCUGGCCUCCCCAUAUCGAGGCCACUGAGUUUGAUCGCUUGCCCAGGCUUCUGGCUGCUGCACUUUCAGCUCGAAGGACGCAUAUGAAUCGAGAGACCCGCUUGACCAUAUGUGAAGGACAUGAUGGAACUGAGACAUCAAACGGGGAUGUGUUAAUCUUUCCAGACAUGAUCAGAUACAGGAGAUUGACUCAUUUUGAUGUGGAUACAUUUGUUGAGGAGGUACUUGUGAAGGGUGGUGUAUGGUUGCCUGGAACUCCAGAAGCUCUUAGGGGAUGGUAUAUUUUUGUAUGCUGUCAUGGUACAAGGGAUCGCCGGUCUGGUUAUUGUGGCCCACCUAUAGUUAAUAGAUUUAAAGAGGAGAUUGAGUUGCGUGGUCUUAGAGGUAAAGUGUCGGUCAGCCCAUGCUCACACAUUGGUGGCCACAAGUAUGCUGGAAAUUGCAUCAUAUUUGGACCUAGUGGUAGCAAGGAAGUCACUGGGCACUGGUAUGGGUAUGUGUCUCCAGAUGACGUCCCUACCUUGCUUGAGCAGCAUAUUGGAAAAGGAGAACUUGUUGAUCUUAUGUGGAGGGGACAGAUGGGACUAUCAGAAGAUGACCAAGAAAAGUCACAGAGGCUGAGGCUCCAAGUUAACGGCGGCAGUCCAAUCGCACAGACGAUCAACGGCAUGUGUGGAUCUCAGACUGAUCUUGGCACAGAGUGUUGCCAGUCGAAUGGAAGCUUUCUUUGUUGUCAGAAGAAGGCUCCAUUGUCGGAGCAGAGAAGCAAUUCUGCUCAUGAUGACGAAGCGCCGAAUUUUAAGUUUGAAAGCAUUAAGAGCUCGAGGAAACAAAACAGGGGCCGCAAAGGUUCUCAUGUACGCAAAGUAUGCUCGAUCCCUUCGUGGCGUGAAACCUGGGAACGAGAAGAUACAUAUGCCGUUCUUGCUGUUAUUGGCGCUGCCAUGUCAGUUGCCUUUGCAUACAAUUGCUACAAACAAUUGAAGUAAUUAGUUUACCCAUUUGUCACUUUUCUGUGUUACAAUCUCAGUGUGUCGAAAGAAAUUCUUUAGUUGUGAUGUAAAUUUAGACUGUUAUUGUCCCGUGUACAAUACAAACGCACUGAAUUCUGUAAUUCGUCUAUUUGUAUAUCCAAUUCAAUUUAUGCUCAGCCCUUGUUUGGUUAAGGAAAUUCAAA